AUGCUACGCGCCCCUGAAAGCUCACCUUCCAAAAGAUGGGAGGACGGGGGAACAAGGGGAACGAAACAGCAGAGGCGCCUCGGAUAUUAUCAUGUAAUUCCACCACAUAAUCCUCAACAACAGUCUGGCCAGGGAUUCGUUUCUCGGAUGUACAAGUUUAUAAGAAGAUUGCACAGAAACGGAAACUAUCUCAACGUCCUCUGGAUCCCCACUAGCGAAGACAACAAGCUGUUAGGGCUGGCUAAAGAACAGGCUAGAGCCGCGACACAAGAAGAUGCUCCCCUGCAAAAUCGCGCCCCAAGGAUGAAGUCAACCACGCUGAGUCUCGCACGGUCCCAAGCAGUCCCCAGUAAUGGCCUGCCAGUGAACGUUGGAAAGCACGUCAAACGAGUGGACGCAGCACUUCCAGGAAAACACACACGGCAACUAUAUGAUCGCUUGUCGUGGAAAGAAGCAAGCGUACUAGCACAACUCCGAACAGGCAUGGCAAGGCUAAAUGGAUACCUCUACCGAAUCAAUGCGGCACAGACGGAUCAGUGCGCAUGCGGACAAGCCAAAGAGACUGUGGAGCACUUCCUCUUUCGAUGUCGGAAGUGGACUGCACACCGGACGGACAUGUUACAGUGUACCGAUAUCCACCGAGGGAACAUAUCCUUCUUCCUAGGAGGGAAAUCACCUAUCGACAAUGAGAAGUGGGCACCGAACUUAGAAGCAGUACGGGCCUCAAUACGAUUCGCCAUCGCCACGGGCCGCCUCGAGGUCUGCUGA